AUGAAAAUUCUCAAGUAUUGGUCAUAUUCUUCGGAUUUCAUUGAAAAGCAGGGAAAUAAGACAAAUUACAUUUCAACGACUUUUGUUAUCACACUUUUUAAUUUAGAAAAUAAUGGUUUGGAUUUGAAUGGCAAUCAAUAUGUUUCUCUUAACAAACAACGCCAAUAUUAUGUUCAUAAUAUUUUAGCAGAAAAAAAUCACGAAGCACUAAAUUUGGAACAAUCUGAACCAAUCCAAGAUAUGAAUGAACAGGAUGAUCAAGAAAAUAUAGGUCAAAUUCAAAAUCUUAUAAUUAGGCGUCCUAAAGGAAGACCAGCAGGUACAGUGAGAUUCAAAGGACCCUUAGAAACUUCUAAUGAAGUUAAUAAAAGUCGCAAAUGUGGGUUAUGCAAUGAGAGUGGACAUAAUCGUACUACAUGUCCAAUGAAUACUAACCGAAAGAAAAGCCUUAUGAACUGGAAGAUGUGGGCUCUUGUCACGAUAAUUGAGAUAUUCUUCAAGCGAAACAUCAUCACUUAA